CUAACUUCCUUUCCGGACUCGUGGCUGGAUGAGUGCAGAGCUGAGCAUCACGUCUCUCGCACGCGGCUCCUCUCCCAGUUCGCAGCACUGCAGCUGCUACUACGCGUAAUUAGGUCAAAUACGAAAACUUGAAAUUGUGACUGAUUGUCUUUGCCCCUUUCUCUUAUUAUUUUCUUGAUAAUUUCUCUCGUCGAUCAGUGGGGAAUGGUCCGCGCUUUCGCCUCGGUUCGUGUCCACUUCAGCAUGGGAACUGCGGCGUCCAAAAGGAAGAAUCUGAGGAGUGAUGCGAUAUCAUCCGUGGCCGCAAAAGUUCGGGCUGCCAGAGCAUUUGGAGAAUAUUUGUCCAAUACAAAUUCAGAGAACCGCAACAGAGCAGAUCAUCUGUUGUCUGACACCUUCCUUGGCCACACCUGUGACUCUCCAGACGUCAGUCACUUGCACAACAACAAUCUGCCACCACAGAGUAACUCUUUACCCAUAGUAAAAUCAAGCAAGGCUGGACAAUCCAAUCAUAGUGCCCAGAUACAAGCCCAACCUCAGGCUAACCCACUCAAAGCUCAGGCACCUUCUAAACGUAGACUCUCUGCUGAGCAAAGCCUCUCCACAGAGGACCCACCAAGUGCCAGAGACGCACAGGGUAGUGUGACAGUGAAGCCAGCUAGGGUGUACACGAUCACAAAAGAGGUAAGGAUGACUCUGGGCCAAGGCAGUGAGGAAAGCCUGGAAUUGGAGGUGCUAAAGUGUGGCAAGGAUGACCCGCUUUCCCAAGCGCAAUACGAUAACUCAUCUUAUCCCGACCAGCGAUCAUCUGCAUCAACCCGGGGUAGCCACAACCGUAGUAGCCAUCACCGCAGUUACCAUGGCCACCAGAAUCGUGGGGGGCCUUUGUCUUCAUCUCAGUCACUGCAGAGCUCUAACAGUGCUAGUAAUAUCCGAGAUUGGGGCAUGAGGAAAAGAGGUUCAAGAGAUGACAGCACUCCAGACUGUGUGGCCUGCAUUCGUGCCCCGUGUCAAAGCCAGCGCUCCCUGGACCUGGAAACCUCACCACGGAAUGGGAGGAAGCACCAUAAGAAACUGGAGAGGAUGUACAGUGAUGAAAGAACAUCUACUGAUGACAGGGAAGACAAUUCUGAUAGCUGGUUCCCCAAAGAGAAUAUGUUGAGUUUUCAGACAGCAACUACCACCAUGCAAGCAAUAUCGGCUUUCCGGGGCAUUGCCGAGAAAAAGAGACGGAAAAGAGAGCAGGAUGCAGCCACCGUGAUCGAGAGAAACUUCCGCAAACACCUUAGGAUGGUGGGAAGCCGAAGGGUGAAGGUCCAGACGUAUGCUGAUCGCAGAGCCAAGAGUUUCAGCCGCUCGUGGAGUGACCCAACCCCUGUCAAGCCUGACUCACUGCAUGACUCCAGAGACAGUGGCGAUAUCCAGACCUCGUCAGGGACCCUCAAUGAAGGGUUGGAUGAGGAUGCUGAUUGGGGGGAUGAAAGAGAGAUGGAGAGAGUAGCCUGUGAAGGAGAUGAUUUCAUCCCACCUAAAAUCAUUCUUAUAUCCUCCAAGGUCCCAAAGGCUGAAUAUGUUCCGAACAUCAUUCGUAGGGAUGACCCUUCCAUCAUUCCAAUUCUUUAUGACCACGAGCACGCUACAUUUGACGACAUCCUUGAGGAAAUCAAGAAGAAGCUGACUGCCUACAGAAAAGGCUGCAAAAUUUGGAAUAUGCUCAUUUUCUGCCAAGGAGGGCCGGGCCAUCUGUAUCUACUGAAGAAUAAAGUGGCCACCUUCGCCAAAGUGGAAAAGGAGGAAGAUAUGAUCCAUUUCUGGCGGCAGCUGGGCAGGCUGAUGAGUAAGCUGAACCCUGAGCCCAACGUCAUCCACAUCAUGGGCUGCUAUGUGUUAGGGAGUGCAAAUGGAGAAAAGCUGAUUAAGACUUUGAAGAGGCUGAUGAGACCCUCCUCUGUUGAAUUCAAGUCCCCACUAGAACUGUCUGCACAGGGUAAAGAGAUGAUUGAGAUGUACUUUAACUUCCGCUUGUUUCGUCUGUGGAAAAGCCGCCAGCACUCCAAAAUGCUGGACUACGACGACCUGCUGUGAUGACGAAGCUCUAUUUUCUGGCUCGUCGGCCAGUUGUUUCGCACCUGAGCCCCUGUGCUGUGACGGAGGCUGUGGAAUGGCCCCCGGAGUAGCUCGGAGGUAGAGUUAGAGCAGCAGCACCAGCUUGCCUGGGAUUUAUUGCUCUCUCCUGAAGGGGACAGAGUGGCCGAGUAGAUUCAGCUGUCGUGGUGUACCGUCGCUCUUCUGUCCACUUUCCGUUCCUGCUAAUCUCUCAGAGAAACAAGAAUGAGAAAGACAGGAAAAUGGGGUCAAAGGAAAUGACUUUUCCCUCCUUGGCCCAAAUGUGUCGGAACAUGCUCACUCCAGUUAGAUUUUCGAGUGUGCGGAGAAUGCUUGAUUAAAGAGUGGCAGAAGAAAACACAAAUUCCUUCUUCCUGAAGGUGAUUUUAUUUUCUCACCCUUAGAUACUUUUCUCCAUUUUACGGUGGAAGCUCGUUGAAUUUCUUCAAAUAAGCAAGUCCUUUGUGGCGCAUUAGGAGAAUAGAAUUCCGGCAAUUCUCUCUCUGCUGGCGUUUUAAAUGAACUAAUAUUUAGUCUUAUUAAUAAAUUAACAUUUUUUUUCAUCACUUGAUCAUCUAUGUAUUACAAUUGUGUAUAGACUGUUUGUUGUAUUAUCUCAGGAUAAAGCCAGUGUUUGAUACUUUUGAAUUAGAUUCACGGUUCAUAUUGCAACAUUCGUGUAGGUGAAGGUCUUCAUACAGCACACAUGUCAAGCAGGAUGUUACAACUGUCAGGCUCGCUAAUCCAGACGUUCUCUCCAUUUUUAGACGAGCCUUGCCAAACAGACAGUCAUCGCCCUCGAUCUUGUGUAGCAUUACAAUAUUACAUGGUUCACCCGCUGCAACAGCACCAAUUAUUCUUUCCGGAGCUGUUCGGCGGCUGAUUAGGUGUGUUCAACUACUAUGUGUUUAUAUUGCAUGCGUGUAUCAACACAGUUCAUAAGCAAGUCUAUAUUAGUAGAAAGUCAGACGACAACUUUUAACUUUAGGAUAGCAUAUGUGCUUUUCAGUAUUUUGAAAAGCCUCAAAGUGAUGAGAAUCUUCCUCUCUAUUAUUUACAUGUUUGUGAUAAAUGGCAACUGUAACAAAUCUGCACUCAAGUUCAAUUACCUCAGUGUUUUGUGUUGCCAUUAUUGAAGUACCAGCUUCGAAGACGAUAGGUGACUUUUAAAAGUUGAAUUGCAACUAAACAUAUUGUCUUGUGUCCUUCAUAUUACAUCGUUGACAUAGCAGAGAGGUGAAGGCCGAUUCAACCAACAUGAGACACGUCUCAUGAAGGUCCAUGAUACACUUGUAGCCGAAUAUGGUUGAACUUGUUUUGUAACCGUAGACUGUACAGAGUCGAGUGAAUCUGUUUUAUCCGGCAAUGCCUUGUGUACAGCUGAAAUAGUCUGUGUUAAAUGACCAAACACUACUUCAGAAAAAUAUUGUGAGGUCAAACAUAACCGAGUCAUUUAUUUGGAACAUCCAGUAAGAAAAACUACUUUGAUGUGUAGCAUAACUGCUGGUGUUAUCAGGCAGUUGGUGCUGUGUCAACUACAGUGACUUUUACAGUACAUUGCUGCAUCUCUCCUUGCUGAGAUGGUCUGAAAAUAGAUUAUUACCCUGUCCCCAUUCACCUUCUUUAUGAUGUGAUUGCAUUUUGUGUGCGUGCGCACGUGUGUGGUGGGGGGCACCUUUGGUUAUUUGAUGCUGGGGAGGAGUAUGUAUGAGUCCCUUUAAUGUGGAUACAUGACAAUAGCUGUGCAAAAACAGCACUUUAAGGCUCUGACAGAGACAGCUUGCCAUCUUGUUUCAAAGGUAGUUGUGGCAGUCAAAAGUGGAGCUCAAAAGGUUUUAUUGAGCUUCAUUAAAUCAAGUAAUUAACUAUUAGCAGUUUUGUUGUAAUCUAUAUUGUGUAAUGUCACAUUAAAUAAUGUUUAUGUACAGAAUGUUUCAAAGUUCCAUUUUUUUUGUUUGUUUUUUUGUUUUUCCAUAAUGUUUUUAAACACACAAACUUGUCUGUUUGGACAGUAAUAGAAGUUAGGCUUGCUUCGGGAUUAAUGUGCAACCUAAACAAUUUUUCAUAUCCAUAUUUUUCCUUUUUAAUCAAAUGUGUUUCCAAGGUCAAGAAUUAUUAAUUGCAAAGCAAUGCAUUGAUUGAAACCUUUCCCUGAAUAAUUGUCAGAUUAUUGUUGAAGCGGUUGUCCAAGACUACUCAUCAUUACUGGUGAACAGUCCAGGAAGAUUAAGAAUUAUGUUCAUUCUGCUCACUGAUUGCCUCUUGAAGUCAAGUCUCAGAGCCCAACCACUUGGCGAUGCAGCUGUUGAUGCGGCAUCUUAAAUAAUGCUAUCAAUAUAAGCCUGCUGCUGCAUGUAUGGAUUCCUAAUUAAAACUAUUAUUAAUAAUAAGUAAUAAGUAAUCAUAAUUGUGACUGGCAAAAGCCAAAAGUCACUUCUAUCCAAUUUCAUACGUAGCCAAACAAAACUGUUUCAAUUAGCCGAGUUUGGUGAAAUUAUUUACGCACUGGGCAAAAAGACUAAGUUAUCUAAAAAUACAUACCGUAUAUAUUUUCUGACUACAAAUGGCACUUCUAAGCCAUUCGCAUCCGUUUUUACAAUUUUAAAGUCAUCUGUAUCAUCCAGAAACGUAUGCCCCAGUUUUGAGGGAAUAAACUUUGAUUUUUUUUUUGUUGUUUUUUUUGUUUAAGUAUUCCAAGCAUAAUCUUAACCACAAUUUACCUAACUACAAUAACUAACAACUGUACAAUGCUGUACAAUUAGAACACUGUCUAUACCUGUGUUAAGAAUAACGCUGAAAACACAUCGCUUAACCAUUUGUGAGAAUAUUGUGAACAUUUUCAUAAAUACCUCUUAAAACGUGUUUUCACACAUUCUUGUGUCAUUUUUAACCGAAACACAUUCACUGAAUUAUAAAAUGACCGUAUUUUCUGCACGAUAAGGUGCUUCGGGGUUUAAGGCGCACCUUCAACAAAUGGCCUAUUUUAAAACUUUUCAUAUGUAGGCUUGACCUUUGAGCACUUUAAUCAAGUUAUUUUCACAUUAAAAUAAACUAAUACUUAGAUAAAUGUAUCACAUACUGAAAUUCGUGUACGUUUAGCCCUCGUAUAUCAUUCAAAAGCCAGUGAGUCAGGACAGUAGGUAGAAACAAUAGAUAUUGCCAUUAUCAAAAACUGAGAUUAUAGAUAGAAAAUGGGUAUAGUUCUCCUGUGCAUUUGAAUCCCUGCUUUGAUUGAAUAGAAGGUGUGUGUGCAUUGUUUCUGAACUAAUAUAAAAGCAAUAUUGCAUUGGUAAAUGUUUUGCAUCGUUGGUGACACCAUGUGCGUGAAAGAACUGUUUUGAGCUCCUGUCCAUUAAACUUCAGUUUCACAGAA